CGGUACGAGUGUGAGUCUUUUUUCUUGGCAUCAGUAUAGUUGUCAUGGUUUCCAUACCGAGAAAUCGCUAUGUGCUACAUAUAUUCAUAAUAAUAUUCAGAUUUAUGCCGUUUUUUUCGUGUGUUGUGUGUUGUUAGUUGUGCGAAUUUACUUGAUCUGUUUGGCGAUGUGUUAAAUCCAUGACAGUAAUAAAAACGAUUCGAAUAAAACUGUCGAAAUAUGUUUUCACGCAUACUUUUCGCAUUUAGCUCAAGACCGCCACCAUCACCACACCUACGAUGCCAAUUCUGAUUUCGAUUUGCUCCAUUUGAAUUCACUGAUUUGCGUUUGCCAAUCGUCUUUUUUGUCAUCGUCGUCGUUGUUGUUGUUGGGUUGAAGAGCGUAUUUGGCUCACUGGUUGAUCCGCCUUAUCGAAUAGUUUUGGAAUGUGUGUCACUUUGAAAUCGGUAAUAACAAGCAACGAUAAUAGCCACAGUCAAAGCGAUUAUCGAUUAAUAUAGAGGCAAUAUAGGCUCUGGUGCUAUGGGUUUUGGUGCGUGCCUUUUUUUCUACACCGUUUUCACCGAACGACACAUGCUCGGUAUGUGGAUGGAUUGGUGUGCAGUUGUUGUGCUGGCCCAAACAACUCCGAUACCAGCUGUCUUUUAUGCAUUUGCCAAUCUCUCUGAACUGGUUUUCAAAAUAAAAUCUUUCAACAGAAAAAAAGCAAUUCCUUAAUAUAGCCGAAGAACAUCUGUAACCGGAUUAUUUAUUGAGAAUAAUUUUUACUCUUUUGCUUGUGCGACGACAUCGUUCCAAUGAAAAACCAACUGUUUUGCGCGCGCGAUUCCUGGCGAAAGGCAUUCAUUCUUGGCAUUCUCUCCCCCCGAAUCUUCAUCGUCGUCGUUGUCUUCGUUAUACACCAAUUUUAAUCAACUCAGCUCGCAAAAAUCUUUCACCGCCGCCGCUGCCAAACACCAGCCAUCUCGGCUCAUGCACACCGAGAGAACAUCUUUCCGUUGUCUUUGCCCAGCUUGCUGCGAGUGUUGUCACACCCGUAAGACUAAUGUGUAGCAAAUUACGAACAACAAUUGAUGGCACACCAUUAAACUAAGCCCGUUCUACUUUAAACACCAUGAAAUAAAAACCAUAUCCAUAACGAACUCGAAAAAAGCAGAGAGUUCUUAUUCUCUCUCUGCUCAAUGCUCUUUGCCAGCAGAUCGAGAGACGAGUGUGUUCAUUUCUUUUUCGACGUGUGAAAAACUUGCGCCUGUGUGACAAUCCGAUUGCUAACCGUUCAUGAAAACAAGCAGCAACUUUCCACAUGAAAUUUAUGUGAUGGCACGAAUUCAACGUGCAAAACUUCAGAUACGAAGACGAUGCGAAACCACAACCGUUCGAUAAUGUUAUCAUCGCAAAAAUUCCCAGCGGAGAUAUUUUUGUGUGCCAUGGCACAAUCGCGCACAUCAUCAUCAUUCGUUUCUUUGAGUUGCUCCACCGUGUUGUCGUCGAUGCCCCGUGUGUGUGUGUGUGUGUGUGUAUGUGUGCAUUUCUCUCCCUCUCCCUCUCUAUCUUACUUCUCCGUAUCAUCGUAAGUGAUUUGGAUUGAAGCAAAUAAAAAAUCGAUUUAUAAAUUUACUUUGUUCGAUGUUCAUUCUGGCGAUGGCAGAAGAGAGACCGUUCAGAGAUUAAAGCAAAACCAAACCAAACCAAACCAAAUGAAUCGCAAUGCUUUGACUUUGCAAUAGAUUUGGGAAUAAGAAAAAUGCAGAAGAUUAAACAAAACGAUAUGGAAUUAGAAGUUCCAAGUCGAAGUCAAUGUGUGGGCAAUGCAUUGUAUGUUGGGCAAUCCAUGAUGAUUAGAACAAACGGGCGAAUCAUUUGAUCGCCAUUAAUGAACUCUAAUAGCCGUUUGUUGCACACGAAAAAUGCCCCAGAAUUGCCAUUAUUCAGUACAAAACCGCACAUUAAACGGAGUCCAGUGUUUCGACUCGAAAUGAUGGCGUAACAUACACAACAUAAAAUCGCGUAGGUACCGACACAUUUUUUGGUUGCCCGAUGUAAUGCGCGCGCUCUAUCUCACUCUCACUCUCACUCUAACACUCUCUCCAAAUCGUUCGCUCGCUCGCACUGGAUUUGUGUAGUCAGUGUCUGAAUUCAAUUUUUCAUGCGAUUAGAGCGCAAUUAAUUCCGAAAUCAAAAAGUAACACAGACGCCAAAACAGCACAAACGCGAUCUAUUGCUUGCGGUUGUGCUUUUGUACGGGUGUUUAGUAUUUUGUAUUUGGUAAAUACUAUUAACGCUGUGUGUUCCAGGCAAACCACUUUAAAUUGCUGCCAUCGAUUAACGUGCUGUACCACACUUGCUCGAAUACAGUGCGUUUUUGGUUUAAUCGGUGUCGUAUCGUGCUUUUUUCCCUUUAUUUUGUGUAUAAACAUUAAAUGCUCUCUCGCUCUUGCCCGCUCUCUUUCUUUCGUUCGUUCAAUGCCCGUCGUCUUGUACUCAGAAUCGCCUCCAAACACUGUACAUUACUGGCUAAUGAUUCGUGUAAAUAAGAAAUAAGUAGAUGUUGUAUGUUGUACCUUGUUCUUCUCGUGUUGGCCCCGUCGUGCAAGCAUAAUAUCACGCCUUUUAUGUACAGGAACGAAAUCAUUUGUGUACCGAAACCAAUUGCACUUAAAACGCUUAAUUGCAUCAACGGCCCUGGUUCGAUUCCAUGGCACAGCGACGACAACAACGACGACGACAACCACGACGACAACGAUGGGCAGACGGACACACGCUCGUUCACUUGCUCACACUUAAUACGAAAAACAGAUAAUCAUAACCAUUUUGGGGCCAUUAACGCCUGUUCAGAAUAUUUACUUUAAUUAAAAAGAUCGUUUUCAGUAACUACGGCUGGCACCACGACAAAGCGGGCAAACAGACGAAAAACCAAAGACGAUCGAAAACGACACGCUGUUUUGAUGGAGUUAUUCGUUGAGAUAUGCCCCGUUAGAUACUGUUGACAGAUUGAAAACAGAUGUCUGAUAAAGCUCAACUUCCAUUUAGUGCGGGUAAAAUCAAAAAUUCAGCAUCACUACCGACAGCGGCAGUAGGAGCAGCAGCACCAACAGCAGCAGCAAUAACAGCGACAACAUCCAGCGAUGGUCUUGCAUCCCAUAUCAGACUCUCAACCAUCUUUGCGCCGCUUAUCGAUUUAAAUGCCAGCGGCGAACAAACAACAGACUAUGACAGCACAACUUUACAUUCAUUGCAAUCGACUAUGUCAUCGUCGUCAUCAUCGAAUCCGAUGAGCUCACAUUCCGAUAGCUAUGGGCAACGACAGGCGAUUGCAGCGAAUGCUGCGGUACGAAAAAUUUCGAUGGGUUGUCGUUCGAUGCCCACAAGUCCUCGUUUGAUGCCAAAGCAGGCGCAUUUUUAUCGACCGCCUGCAUCACCCGUACACAACAGCAAAGGUGGUGAUCGAUCCAACGGGUAUUCAAAGGAUUCAAAGGUGGCAAUGGCACAGUUCAACGGCAGUGCUGGUGAAGGUAGUAGUGGUAGAAGCAAUUCAGGUUUCCAUUUUUCGGCGUUGACAGAACAUUUGAACGUGCAACAAGUAAACAAUUACAAAAAUCCGACUGGCAUCCGUGAAAUCAACUGGGAAGAACGUUGCCUGGAACUGCAGCUUGAAUUGCAUCGUUCGAAAAAUCAGGCCGAACGUAUUCGUGGCAUGCUCCGUGAUAAGCUAUCCGAACUAGAGCAACGUGUGAUUGAAGCAGAAGGGAGAGCCGAAGAAGCCGAAGACAAGGUUCGGGUCAUGGAACAAAGGCUAGGUGAUCGGCCAUCGCAAGCAAACAACGUGUCACCGAGUAAAAGUCGUACCAAAAAUAGUUUAACGUCUGCGGCUGCCACUAGUGCUACAGCUGCUGGUGGUGCUACUGGUGCUGCGACCUCAGCAAUAAAUCUUCCAGUCGAAAAAGAAAUCUCACAACUUGAAUAUCAGGUGGAACAACAGCGAUUAUUACGUUUGAAAGACGCACAACAAGUCGAAGCCAAAGCAGCUAAAAUCAAAGAGUGGGUUACAAAUAAACUGCGCGAACUCGAGCAACAAAAUCAAUUGCUGCGCGAACAAAACGUCAAAUGCAAUCAACAACUGACACUGUUAAGAAAUCAUCUGGCGAGUCAAAGUAGUCGAAAUAGUAUACAGCAACCGGUGCGGAAUAGUUUAAGUUUAGACGUACGCGAAUACAACGAUCGAAGCAGUAGACGACGUAGUGAAUCACUUGAUCCGCCGAUUCGACGUGUUCCGUUGGCAUUGAAUCAUCGGCGUAAUUUAUCAAUGGAGCCACAAGAAUUAUCGCGUGAUUUGGCGGCUGCCGUCGAUGAGCUCAACCUAAUUUCCAUCACAAAGAAACCGUUUGCAGGCAAAGAUGCAAACGCAGAUCCAUCACAUGAUUAUGCAGAGAUUUAUACACCAUCGCGAGAGAAGCAGCCCAUUUGGCUAAAGGAUUCGGGUCCAUCGAGCGAUAUAUCGAACACAUUUACAUCCGAUGUAGGGAAUGCACCAAGGGCACCAACGCCACCAUUACACAGAUUCCCAUCUUGGGAAGCGAAAAUCUAUCAAGUUGCCAACGAUGGCUUAACGAGCGGCGAAAAUUCAAACCGUGAAACAUCGAAUACGCUUGACGAUUCGACCGAAGGGAAUCGAGCACAACGAACUGCUUCCGGUGGCUAUUGUGAUAUUAAUGUACCCGUUUAUGCAACUGUUAAAGGACGAGCAUCUCAAAUAAGAACGAUGCCAUUUAGUGAUUCCAGUGAUGAUUCCAGCGAUGGUGAGGAUCAUGUGGCAUUGGCAACAUGUACAGCGUCCACAAUCAAUUCGCACAAUUCUUCAAGUACCGACAAUACUGAAAGCAAUACUUCGGGUUCGGCGUCAAGCCCGUCGAAGAGCGCAAAAACAUCGUCUAGUCUUAGCCCAGCCAAACGCAUUGAAUGCGAUAGUCCAAAGAUUAAAGGAAGAGUAAUUUCAGACACUUCAUUUGAAUCAGGCAUGUCGGAGGACUAUGCGAUACCACCAGACGCGUUAUCGCAAGCUGAUUCAACGUAUAUGGACGCAUCACUUCCGUCGAUUUUGAUGCGUAGCUCAUACGUUGAUUCACCGAACAAGAAAAUGGAAUCCUUGGAAAAGUCGGGCCAUCUGUCAAAGUUGGGUGGCAAAUUGAAGACAUGGCGCAAACGAUGGUUCGUCUUGAAGAAUGGAACGUUAACGUACUGGAAGAGUCAACAUGAUGAGAACCGCAAGCCACAAGGUCAAAUUUUACUUGACGAAACAUCGAUGAUUAAAGGAAGAGCCGACGGAGCAUCAACAUUUGAGAUAAACACCGGCAAAAAGGUCUAUUACCUUACCGCCGAUUCCAUAGCAACAAUGGAUGAUUGGAUUCGUGUCUUGCAAAAUGUUCAACGACGAAACGCCACCAAAUUACUGUUGAGUCGAGACGAUCAAAAGGCGACCGUUCAGGGAUGGGUAACCAAAGUGAAAAAUGGCCAUGCAAAGAAAUGCUGGUGCGUUUUAUUGGGCAAAAUGUUCCUGUACUUCAAAGCACCUGGUGAAACGAAUCCAUUGGGUCAAAUAAAUAUGCGUGAUGCACGUGUUGAGGAGGUCGAGCACGUAUCGGAUUCGGAUUCAGAGGAACGUGAAGAUUUGAGCCAAAGCCAAGCACAUUUAACCAUUGCCAUUUAUCCAGCGCAUCAAGGGCCAACUUAUUUGAUUUUGCCUGGCAAAAAAGAACGUGACAAUUGGUUGUAUCAUUUGACGGUUGUGUCGGGUGGAGGACCGAGUUCGGGAACACAAUACGAGCAAUUGGUGCAAAAACUCAUGGAAACCGAUGGCGAUGCAACUUGUGUAAUGUGGCGACAUCCAAUACUUUUGCACACGAAGGAGCCAAUCACAUCACCAUUGUCGUCGCUACACUCGGAGAUGCUGCAAAGUGAAGCUAUUAAAUUGUUUAAGAGUUGCCAACUUUUCAUGUCAGUCGCUGUGAAUCAGCCAGGCAUCGAUUAUCAUGUUGUUUUGGCGCAAAACGCAUUGCAGCAAUGCUUGGAUAUGGCCGAACUGCAGGCUGAAUUGAUUUGCAUAUUGGCAAAACAAACUAGUCAUCACACAAGCCAAAAAUUAGGAGCCGGGGUCCAGGUAAACAAGAAACUGGGCAAGCAAACGCGCCAAUUGUUAUUGUGUGCAACGCAAAGCCUGUUUACCUGUGACACCCUACAAGGUGCAUCGCAAACCAAUGGCAGCUCUCCAACAUCGUCGAUUCAGGCAUUACCCAUACCGCCACUCGAUUGCAAAUCAAAUCCACCGUCUUUCACCUUUUUGCAAGGCUGGCAAUUGCUUGCAUUGGCCGUUUCAUUAUUUGUACCAAAAAACAAUCGUUUGCUGUGGUAUUUAAAAUUGCAUUUAUCACGAAAUGCUGACUCGAAAUCGGAAUGCGGAAAAUAUGCUGCAUAUUGUCAACGUGCAUUGGAACGCACAAUAAAAAAUGGUGGCCGAGAAACGAAGCCAUCUCGCAUGGAAGUGCUAUCAAUUCUGCUGAAAAAUCCGUACCAUCACUCAUUGCCGCAUGCAAUUCCUGUUCACAUGAUGAAUGGCAGCUAUCAUGUGGUUUCAUUUGAUGGGUCCACCACUAUCGAGGAAUUUCAGACGACGUUGGCACUUGAAAUAGGUUGUCGUGAUUCAAGCAAUGGAUUCUCUUUGUUUAGUGAUGAUCCAAUUGAAAAGGACCUCGAGCAUUAUCUCGAUCCAUUGGCCAAACUGUGUGAUGUCAUUUCAAAAUGGGAAACUGCUCUGCGUGAAAAAGGCAUGGGUAAAUUUGAAAAUUCCCGAGUCAUUCAAUUGACAUACAAAAAUCGUUUGUAUUGGAAACAUUCGGCGAAGCAAGAAACGGACAAAGAGAAAAUUCUAUUGUGUUAUCAAAUAAAUCAGCAAGUGAUUCAAGGACGAUUUCCACUUACAAAAGAUUUAGCAUUGGAGUUGGCAUCGCUAAUGUCACAAAUCGACAUGGGUGACUAUGUAACCGAUAAGAAUCGCAUGACCACAUCGAUUUCGUUGCAAGUAAUCGACAAAUUCUAUCCGUAUCGUUAUCGAGAUGGAUUGUCAUCGGACGAAAUGAAGCAGUUACAGGAGAAAAUCAUUUCGAAAUGGCUUUUGCUCAAAGGGCGUACCACAAUUGAUUGUGUUCGCAUUUAUUUAACGUGCUGUCGAAAGUGGCCAUUUUUCGGUGCUACACUGUUCCAGGCAAAACCACGACAUUCGGAUCAAGCCAUUGCCUGGUUGGCGGUGUCAGAAGACAGUUUGAAUGUGCUUGAGUUAUCAACUAUGGCACCAUUAGCUAGAUACCCAUACAGUUCUGUGAUGACAUUCGGUGGCUGUCUCGAUGAUUUCAUGAUAGUUGUCGGUUCCGAAGACACUCUUCCACAUUCGGAUCAAAAAUUACUGUUCGCAAUGAGCAAACCGAAAAUCCUUGAAAUCACUCUGCUGAUUGCUGACUACAUGAACGCAUUGGGCCACACAUGCCCGGGCACACCACAAAUGAAUACGCUCACUCGAAACGGAAGCCAUCGUAGUAUUAGAUCACGACCACUUCCAUCGGCUUGCACCACCGCUCACAAUACUCUCAACUCUCAUGUAAUGCAUACAUCACAUACGCACACACUGAACUCAUCACACGGAACCGGAACAAUUGGCAGCGCCAGUACGAACAGCAGUGCUGGACAUCAACAUCAACAGCCUGACAUUUUGAAAAGUACACCGGAUCAUCAACGCAUAAAAUAAGUCAUUUGAAUGUCGAAACAUCACACAAACCCAUACACACACAUAAAUCCCACAUCCAAACGCAUACCAUCAAUUAGCCAAAUGAUAAUUAUGGUGAUUAAUAAAAUAUAACCAAAAAUAAAUACUCAAAUGGAGACUUUCUUUCUAUUCGAAAGCGAAUACGAAGUCGAGAAAAGAAACGAAAAACAAACAAAUUGAUUGACCGAAAGCAACAAAAUAUUUUAGUAUUUAUACGAAUGAAAUGUAGUAGCAAAGGUAUGAUGAUGACGAGAGGUAGUGCGUUUAGUAACCAAUUCGUGAGACACUAUAUAGCAUUUUUAGUGAUAUAUAUUUGAUGAUGAUGAUGAAUAAUAACUAGCUAUGUAAGACGUAUACAAUUUAGGGGCAAACAUAUUUACACUCAACAACAACAACAACAACAACAAAAAACAACCACAAACCGAAGAGAAGAAAAUAUACCGUUUUUCUCUUUGCAGCUAUUACUAUUGUAUUAUUACCUAUUAUCUAAAUUAUCGAAUUCAUCUAUUUAUAUACUGAUGUACUGAUUACGCGCAGUGAAAAACAGACAAACACACACAAGAAAAAAAAACGAACUGCAAAAAGACCAUAGACAUUUUAUUGACGACACCAAAACAACUUUGUAUCCAUACAACCGUGUAGGAUAUGAACAUUGCUAAGAAAAACAAAGCAGAAAACAACCGAUUUAUUUAUUAAGCGAUGAAAUAAAUUAUUAUAGAUGUGAAGAAGAUUUUGUACAUUUCGGCUGUUAGUCGAUUUAUAGAGAUAUUUAAAUUUGUUGAAACAUACGAUUGAAUUGGUUUGCAAUAGCACAACAACAACUGGAUAAAAAAAAACACAACUCUAUUUAUUUGUACUUUUUAAGAAUUAUAACACUUUUUUUUUCUUCUAUAUUUUAUUUGGAACCUAUUUGCAGUAGAUUUGCAAAUUAAUUUGAUAUAUAUAUAUUUGAAGUACUGGUCAAAAAUGUUUUUGAGAGAGUAGCAAAAACGACAAGAACUUUCCCAUUUUAUUUAUCGUAGAUAAAUAAAAAAACAGAUACUAUUAAGUGAGAACAAGGAACUACAUGUAAUUGUAUUUAGAUGCAUUUAAAACGAACACGACUUCCUUUCUAGUUUGUCCUUUUUUAUGAUACGAUAAAAGAACAUUUAAUGUGACAGCAGGCAAUUGUAAAGUUUUUCUUUUUGUUUCACUUAACAUCCCAGAAAUAAAACGGAAAUUUGAGAAAAAAAAA